UUCAUAAGCUUGCCAUCUUCACUAACUUGUCAUUCACGAAAUACAGCCACAUUAUAUGGAUUCAAUUGCCAAGCCAACUCCUUGUGAAGCACAUCCUGAAACAAUGGAGUUUCUUUCAAGCACUUGGUGCAAUUUUGCAGUUCAAGCUCUUCAACCAGAGCUUUCUGAUCAAUCAUCAAUUGUUCUAUUAGACAACUCAAUAAAGAAAUUUGAUUGUGACUUGAUCAAGCCUUCUUUUGUGAAAAUGGAAGAUUCAGACUUCAAGAAUCUACCACCAUGGAAAUCUAACGAUGUUAAGUCAUGGAUAUGGAUGCAACAAGCAAUGCAUCCUGAGUUAAAUUACAAUAGAAAGAAAUGGUUGCCAUGGAAAAUAGCACCAUUUAAGAUAAUAUCGAUCAAGAAAUGGUUGAAAGAGAUAAAACAAAAGAGAAAAGAAGAAGAUAGGCUACAAAGAGCAGAAGUACAUGCAGCAAUAUCAGUUGCAGGUGUAGCUGCUGCACUAGCUGCUAUUGCUGCUGAGAACUCGAAAAAAAAUAAUGAAUCCGGUACCACCAAGGAGGAAGCGGUGGUCUCUGCGGCGGCUUUGGUGGCGGCACAGUGCGCCAAAGUCGCAGAAGCGAUGGGAGCGAAGAGGGAACAGCUUAGCAGCGUGAUAGGUUCAGCCAUGAGUGGUACCACUGCAAGUGACAUCCUAACACUCACUGCUGCUGCUGCAACAUCAUUAAAAGGAGCAGCUACUCUUAAAGCAAGAACAGGAUGCAAAAAUAUACUAAAUGGAAGUGCACCAGUGCUGCCCAUAGAGGACAAUAAUGACCUUGAUUUUGACUUUCAAAAACCUAGAUCAAUCCUUGCCAAUGGCUCUGAACUCCAUGUUGAAACACCUGAUGGAAAUUUUAGAGUGAGAUCAGUGUCUAUUUUCCUCAACAGCCAGGCCAAGGUUAUUCUAAAAAUGAGAAAGCUCAAUUUGUUGAAAAGCAAGAAGGAAAGUAUUAUACUGGACCUGCAUGCUGAGUUGUAUAAAGAUUCAGAAGAAGAUCAAGAAAUUGAGGGCACAUGUUAUCUUAUAGUGUUGACUACAAAUCAAGGGAUAAUAAAGCUAGACAUGGGUGAUGAUUAUCAUCGUUACAAGACAUGGGCCUCUACUAUCAAUCAUAUGCUUAUGCUCUCCACUUCUGUUGCAAAGUAUGAGUUUCAACUAUUCAAAAAUUGAAGCUAAAAAAGAUCUCCAUCCUGCUUUUGUACUUUAAUUGUGUAAUUAUUAUCAAUGUAACAUCAUAAUUUUUUUGUUCAAUACAUGAAAAUAAAUCUUUUGAGCAAUUUUAUAUCUGCUGACUAAUAGUAAAUGCAAUUAUUUUGCAAUAAAAUUAGACAAAA